UGUAAUCAAGAAUGAAGUAUUUUGAAUAUCAACCAUUUGACAUACAUAGAUACAUAUAUAUAUCUAUUCUUAAUAUUCUAUAAAGAUACUUUUACUUUAGGAAGAAAAACACACACUUUCCUACUAUCCUUUUCUUUUGAAGAUUAAGGUUAUGGAAUCAUACAACUUGAAUAAAAAAGAAGAAGAAGAAGAAGAAAUAAGAAUGUAAAUGAUUGACAAUAUAGUUGGCAACUGUCUUUAACUAUAGACAGUUGUAUAAUGAUGAUAUUAAAUAGAUAUAACUCAAAUAUAAAUUUACUUAAUUAUUUUGUUAUAUUAAAAUGUCAGAAGAACAACGUAUCAAUAUAAAUAAUGAAUAUUGUCCAAUAACACGUCUAUCUCAUCCAUUAUCUUAUUUAACUGGUAUAAAUGAAGAUAUACGUGGUGAAUUAGUACAUUCUAUUAUUGAUUUACAACAACAACAACAACAACAACAACAAUCUAUGAAUACAUGUGCAGUACCAAUCAAUGUAUGUUGUGUUUGUUCUAAUGAUGAAAAUGAUUUACAAUCAUUACAUUCUGAUGUUCAAGUGUUAUGCGCUACUCCAGGUUGUAAAUAUACAUGA